UUCAAAUAAUCAACCUCAAUAAAGUGAUUGAAUGUGGUAAUCACUCAUUCACUAACGAUAGGAUAAAGCAUAAAUCUUGGAUAUUGUAUAUAUACAGAUCAAAUAAGAGAACAUAGCACCAGUAAACUAAGCCCCAUCUGCAAUUUCCCAUUUCCAUGCACUGGUGUAGAUAGAGAACAACUGCAUGGUCAUGAGAGACAAAAAAAAAGGAGGUAGAAAUGAAUUAAAAUAUCAAAAGCAAGACUUUUAUAAAGGUAUCCUCACUUACCAUUCAUUAUUAUUUGGCUCGAAUAAAGGCAUAGCCAUAGUUGUUGUUCAACAACCCAUUGCAAUAUUCCAUAGUCAUAGAUUUACCCGCAACUGAAGACUGACCCCAAACCAAAACUCUAAGGGAUCUCAUUCUCAUCUGUUCUUUAAACCAAAACAAAGGUUUUUGAAUUUUCUUUGGGUCUCUGUCACAAGAAGACAAAGGUCGGGUCUCAUGUUCAUUGGGGGUUUUCUGAUUCUAUCUUCUCUCAGAAUACAAUGAUGACACCCAUUGGAAUUGGAAUCCGGAAACAGAUUCUUCAUUCCUUUCGCUACUCUUCUAUUCAACCACUCCUCUCUCGCUUCACUCUUACUCCCUUCAAUCCAAUUCCAAAAUCAUCAUCUUCAUCCACCGUAACCAUUCGAACCAACCCCAUUUCGAGAUUCUCCAUCUUUCUCUUUAGAUUCCCCAAUACCAAGUCAUUUUCCACAGACCCAUCAUCAUUAGACUCACCCCAUGAGAUUUCCCAGCCUAUUGAUGCAGGCUCUUCCAUCAGAAAACCCAUCAGUUUAUGGCCUGGAAUGUUCAAUUCACCCGUUACAAAUGCUCUCUGGGAGGCGCGAUCCAGCAUGUUUGAGAAACCCGGCGACCCGACGGCGGAUCAUCUUUCGCAGAGCGAAUUGGUCGCCAAAACUCCGGCACAGAGCCGGACCAGUAUUCUCUACAAGCUCUCCUCUGAUUAUGCACUCAAGGAACAUUAUAGAAAUCCUUGGAAUGAGAUCAGGAUUGGAAAGUUGCUAGAGGAUCUUGAUGCUCUUGCUGGAACCAUUGCAUUUAAGCAUUGCGCCAAUGAAGAUGGCAUUACAAGGCCUCUAAUAUUGGUGACUGCUUCUGUUGACAAAAUGGUUAUGAAGAAACCAAUUAGCAUUGACACUGAUUUGAGUAUUGUUGGUGCUGUUACAUGGGUUGGACGAUCGUCCAUGGAGAUUCAACUUGAAGUGAUUCAGACAACAUAUGAAUCCCCAGAUUCAUCAGACUCGGCUUCUCUUGUAGCAAACUUCACAUUUGUUGCCCGCGAUUCGAAGACUGGAAAGUCAGCUGUAAUAAACCAGAUUUCACCUGAAACUGAAGAAGAAAAGUUGCUUUGGAAAGAAGCAGAUGAAAGAAACAAAAUGAGGAAAAAGAAGAGAGAAAUGAAAAAAGACUUGGAGUUAGAGAAGGAACACAAUGAGAGGCUGAAUGCAUUGUUGGCAGAAGGGCGUGUGUUCUGUGACCUGCCUGCCCUUGCAGACAGAAACAGCAUCCUUAUGAAGGAUACUUGCCUUGAGAAUUCUUUCAUUUGCCAGCCACAGCAAAGGAAUAUCUUCGGUCGGAUUUUUGGAGGAUUCUUAAUGCGUAGAGCUGUUGAAUUGGCUUUCUCAACAACAUAUUCUUUUGCUGGUGUGGUAACACAUUUUCUAGAAGUUGAUCAUGUUGAUUUCCUUAGACCUGUGGAUGUUGGAGAUUUCCUGCGUUUGAAAUCUUGUGUUCUGUACACGGAACUUCAGAACCCCACUAAACCUCUGAUAAACGUGGAAGUUGUAGCUCAUGUUACAAGGCCUGAGCUAAGGUCCAGUGAGGUAUCCAACAAAUUCUAUUUUACUUUCGCCGUUAGACCCGAGGCUGUGAAGGACGGGUUACUUGUUCGGAAUGUUGUGCCUGCUACAGAAGAGGAAGCUAGACGGGUGCUAGAGCGAAUGGAUGCUGAGACUCCUCAACCAUACUUGUAGCCUCUCAUCUCAUCUCAUCUUUUUUCUUUCCCAAGAAGAAAAUGAAAACAGUUGAUGCAAGUAGCCAAUUGUAGCCUCUCCUCUCAUCAUCAAAAUAAAUAAAAACAUCCACUUCAGUUGGUCCACAGUUACUGAUAUAGAACGGCAACUUGUUCAAAUUUGCUUCAUUUUCUUGUUUAACUCUUUCCAAUGAUACUUGUCAAUAAAAAACCUCAUCUUUUUAAUGAUAAUAGAAAAUCUAAUGAUGAUUACUAAUUACUAU